GUGUCUGUGCAGUUUUGUAUUUUUAGAUAAAAAGUUGGUGGAAGCAGAGCAGAAAGGGCAGGAACAGAUUUCAUAUUGUUACAGAAAAGGAGCAUGAUGAAAUUUCUAAGGUGUGGAGGGAAGACAGGUAUGAAUAAUGAUGACGUGGAAAAUAGCUACAAAGUAGAAGAACAACCUUCAAGGAAUGUGAUAGAAAGCUCAGAAGAACGACGCAGUGAUGAAGCUAAAGCACAUGGUUGGUGGUUGUUGCCAAAGAAAACAUACGAUUUGAUAAAAGAGAACAAGCCUGAAUCCGAUUGGAGCGAAAUAGACGACGACACUGUAAAGCAAGAGAGGCCCAGAAGAAACACGGUGCUGCAUAUAGCAGCUCUCUACGGAAAUGAUAAGUGUGUGGAGAAAAUAGUUGAAAUUGGUCCAGAGCUUUUGAAAGCAAGAAAUAGUAAUGAGGAUACACCACUGCAUGUUGCUGCAAGAGCUGGCAAGAUCUCUACUCUUGAGAUUUUGUUGGUUGCACUUCUCCGUGAUUUAGAUCCAAAUUCGGAAGAAGCCAAAGCGACAAUCCUUGUAGCCAACUUCCAAGGAAAUACUUUCUUUCAUGAGGCUUUAUUGAAUGGUCACAAAAAUGUUAUUAACAUUCUAGAUUCUUCACCAGGCUUCAAGCAAUUGGCUGAGGAUACUGCGUUUACUCGUAGAAACCGUAGUGGCAAAUCAGUUUUGCACUUAGCAAUCGAGAAAGGCUACCGAGACAUUGUUGAUGAUUUAUUGACCAGAGUAAUUCCUCGUUACCAAGCCACCACUGAACAUGAAAGAUACUUCCCUUGCCGCAUGCGUAACAAAGGAGAACUUAUGUCAGCGACUCUGGAUAUGCAAAUGGCAAAAGAAAACUUGUGGACGAUCUUACAAAGUCAACGAGACCCGUCACCACCCAUUGAGGCAAUCUUAAAAGAUAUUCUAGAAAAAAUAGUAAACAAAAAGAAAGAAUGGAUUCAUGGUAAGGAUCACAAAAAAAGAAAUGCUGUUCACCAUGCGGCUUCUAUAGGUUACCUAGAUGGUGUUCAAUUCUUACUUGAAAGUUGUGAUACAUGUCAUAUGGAAAGAGACAAAGAUGGUUUUUUUCCUCUUCAUUUGGCCUCUGCAUAUGGGCAUACUGAAGUGGUAAAGAAAUUGCUAGAACUUUGUCCAAAUCCCAGAGAAAUAGUUGAUGAGAAAGGUCGAAAUAUCAUUCACAUUGCAGCUAUAAAGGGUCAAUUUAAUGUGAUAAGGUACAUCUUGCAAGAUGCAAAAGAUGAAGUUAAAGAUAUGAUAAAUGACAAGGAUUAUGAUGGAAACACUCCCUUGCAUUGGGCUGCCUCAUAUUGUCAUCCAAAAGUUGUGCAAGCCUUGACAUGGGACACAAGGAUUGAUCUCCAUUGCCUUAACAACAACCACCAAACAGCUCUCGAUGCUUUUAAGAAAUUUAAACAAGAAGAUAAUCCGACCUUCCCACAGCGGUUAACAUGGUGUCAACUAAAAUCUGCUGGCGUACAAAAUGCUAAAAGAUGGUUACAGAAUAUCGAGAUCCCUUCCCCCUACAAGCCAAAACCCAAAAGCACAGAAUUUUAUAAAGACAGAAUCAACACUCUUAUGGUGGUUUCAACCCUUAUUACUACAGUAGCAUUUGCCGCAGGUUUUACUUUGCCUGGUGGAACUAAUAGUUCUACUCCAAGACAAGGCAUGGCUAUUAUGUUACAUCACGUGUGGUUUAAAUCAUUUAUUUUCUGCAUCACAGUAUCCAUGUACGGUGGUAUUAGUGUCAUUAUUAUACUCAUUUGGGCUCAAUUAGGAGAUAUAACUUUGGCUAUUUUUGCACUUGAGGUGGCAGCACCCGUUUUAGGAGUCACUCUUGCAACCUUAUCAGUGGCAUUCUUGGCUGGUGUCCACCUUGCUAUAAGCAAUCUCAGUUGGUUGGCCACUACUAUUAUGAUUUUGAGUGUGAUCUUCAUUCUUUUACUUUUGUUGCUGUACAUUCUUCUCUGUUUGCCCUCAGCAUCAAGCAACCGAAUAAUGCGAUGGAUUUCUUAUUUCCCUUUCAAGAUUCUCACAUGGUUAUUUGAGAAAAGUUCAACUGAAGGCAUAGUUACAUUACAUGAUAUUGAUACUGAUAUUAAAGAACUGGAGGAACAUGAAUAUGGAGGAAAGCAAACAGAAGAAACAGAAGAACUUGAAUAUGGAGGAAAGCAAACAGAAGAAACUGAAGAAACAGAAGAAGUUGAUGAAGGGGAGAAUGAGAAGGAUGAUAAUGAUUGUUAAAGUUAUACUGCGGUUGCAGCAGCAGUUACAACAAUUUACUUCUUCAAUUAAUUUCUGUUUUAUUUUUAAAAAAAGAUGUUUGACUGUUUCAAAUAUCUUAGUCAGUUUCAGAUUUUGUAGUAAGUUGUUAAACAUGGAAUUGUGUCCCAUGUAUUCCUACUUUUAUGCUUUGUGCAGUUUGAAUCUUUGCUGUAUUUAAAGUGUUUAUCAAUUCAAUAAAAGUUGUAGCUUUUAUUCAGAAAAUCUCCAACAAAUUGGUAUCAGAACUCUCUUCUUGAGGGACCUGUGGGAAAUCAUUUUUAAUCUCUAUGGCUUCAGAAACCCCAUACACGGCACUGGCACCACCCGUUUUUUACGGUAAAGGCUAUCAUGUCUGGGCAGCAAGGAUGGAGGCUCAUCUUGAGGCAAAUGAUCUUUGGGAAGCUGUGGAAGAGGAGUAUGAAGUUCUUCCAUUACCUACAAACCCAACAGUGGCACAGAUAAAAACUCACAAGGAGAGAAAAUCAAGAAAAUCAAAGGCACGAGCUUCAUUAUUUGUUGCCGUCUCUCCUGAAAUCUUUCUCAGAAUUAUGACGAUAAAAUCAGCUUUUGAAGUCUGGAAUUUCUUAAAAAAGGAGUAUGAAGGCGAUGAAAGGAUUAAAGGAAUGAAAAUUCUAAAUCUUAUUAGAGAGUUUGAAUUCCAGAAGAUGGAUGAAUCUGAAACAGUGAAGGAGUACUUUGAUAAAUUACUCAAAAUCGCAAACAAAGUAAGAUUACUUGGUUCUGAAUUUUCUGAUUCCAGAUUAGUACAAAAAAUUCUUGUGACUAUUCCUGAAAGGUUUGAAGCUACCAUUACUUCCCUGGAAAACUCCAGAAAUCUGUCAAAUAUUACUUUGGCAGAAUUGUUGAAUGCGUUGCAGGCACAAGAACAAA